AUGAACCAUAGUGCUACGAAACCCAAACCCGCCCCUGUGUCCAUUCGCAACGGGCCGGUAAAUGGCGAUUCGUCCCCUCAGGCUAACGGUAACGCAAAGCGCAAGUCACGGUCUUCUACCAACAAUGUGAGCUACAAGGACGCGUCGGACUCCGAGGAUGGAAGAUUGGUUAAACGUCAAAGAAAGGUUGUUUCCGACGACUCCGACGACGAGGUCCUCAGCAAGAGAAAGACCAAGCUUCCACCUGCUGUUGAUGAGACUGCUACGCUCGAAGAUUCUGAUGAUGACCAACCGUUGACUGCGAAACUUGCUGCGAAGAGGAAGGCUAUCGAAAAGAAUGCCGAAAAGGAUGCAAAAGCUAUCAAGGCGAGCGAGGCUAAAUCGAAAAAGCCGACUCCAAAGAAGGCCGUCAAGGAUGAGUCGGAUGACGACGUACCCUUAGCAGGCGCCAAGGGGAGAAAGCGACCAUCCAACGGUGUCAAUGGAAAGGGAAAGACCAACGGCGUCAAGAAGGAGGAGUCUGAUUCCGACGCGCCCAUUCGCAAGAAGGCAAAGACUGCUCCUAGCAAGGCUAAUGUAAAGACGGAGAAGUCCACUCCUGCUAAGAAGGCUCCUGCCAAGAAAGCCAAAAAGGAAGUGAGCGAAGAGCCAGCCGAGGGCGACGAAGAAGAGGAGGAAGAGUACCGUUGGUGGGAUGCACCCAAGAAAGAGGACGACAGUAUCAAGUGGACUACCCUUGAGCACAACGGUGUCCUCUUCCCCCCGCCUUAUGAACCCCUUCCAAAGGACGUGAAACUUAUCUACGAUGGUACUCCGGUCAAUCUUCACGUCGAAGCUGAGGAAGUUGCCGGUUUCUUUGGAUCGAUGCUCAACUCCACCCACAACGUCGAGAACCCUACAUUCCAAAAGAAUUUCUUUACUGACUUCAAGGAGGUGCUUAACCGAACAGGUGGAGCAACGGAUCGAAAAGGCAACAAGGUUGACAUCAAGGAAUUUUCCAAGCUAGACUUCAAGCCCAUCUUCGAAUACUAUCAUGCCAAGAACGAAGCGAAGAAGGCGCGUCCAGCUGCCGAAAAGAAGGCUGAGAAGGCCGAGAAAGAUAAGAUUGAAGCCCCGUAUAUGUACUGCAAAUGGGAUGGUCGCAAAGAAAAAGUCGGCAACUUCAGAGUCGAACCUCCCGGAUUAUUCCGUGGUCGUGGCGAGCAUCCUAAGACUGGCAAGGUCAAGAAGCGAGUUAUGCCUGAACAGAUUACCAUCAACAUCGGAAAGGAAGCAAAGGUCCCAACCCCUCCCGAAGGCCAUAAGUGGAAGGCCGUUCAGCAUGACAACAAAGCCACAUGGUUGGCGAUGUGGCAAGAAAAUAUCAAUGGCUCGUACAAGUAUGUUAUGCUGGGUGCAACAAGUGCUGUCAAGGGUCAGAGCGACUUCAAGAAGUUCGAGAAAGCUCGAGAGUUAAAAAAGCAUAUCGCAAGGAUUCGCAAGGACUAUACAAAGGAUCUGAAGGCAGAAGCUAUGGCUGACCGCCAGCGAGCCACGGCAGUCUACCUGAUCGACAAGUUUGCUUUGAGAGCUGGUAACGAAAAGGACACGGAGAACGAAGCCGAGACCGUGGGUUGCUGUUCGCUCAAAUAUGAACAUGUCACCCUCCGAGAGCCUAAUACCGUCAUUUUCGAUUUCCUGGGUAAAGACAGUAUCAGAUUCUACGACGAGGUCACAGUUGACCGACAGGUGUUCAAGAAUCUUCGAGUAUUCAAGAAGCCGCCGAAGAAGGAGGGUGACGAUAUCUUUGAUCGUCUGACCACUACCCAGCUGAACAAGCAUCUUUCCUCUUAUAUGCCUGGAUUGACCGCGAAGGUGUUCCGUACAUAUAAUGCUUCCUAUACCAUGGCGAACCUGCUCAAGGGCUUGAAAGUCGAAGACGUUACCAUGGCAGAGAAGAUAAAGCUUUACAACGAUUGCAAUCGUGAAGUGGCUAUUCUUUGCAAUCACAAGCGGACGGUCGGCGCAAGCCAUGAAGCACAGAUGGAAAAGCUUAGUGACCGUAUCAAGGGCCUUAAGUACCAGAAGUGGCGUAACAAGAUGAUGAUCUUAGAUGUGGAUCCCAAGCAAAAGAAGAAGAAGGGCGCCGAGUUUUUCGAAUUGGACGCCGAUCUGGACGAAGCUUGGAUCCAAGAGCACCAGAACUUCCUAGUCGAAGAGCAGCGAACGAAGAUUCAGAAGAAGUUUGAGAAGGACAACCAGAAGCGUGAAGAGGAAGGCGAGAAGCCCUUACCUGAUAAGGAGCUCAAGGAGCGUCUCAAAGCUGCGGACGAACUAGCAAAGAAGUUCAAGAAAGAGAAUAAGACUAAGAAGGUAGAAGCCGAAGGAAGAGGCCCGACGGUCGAGAAGAUUGAAAACAACAUCCUGAAGAUAGAGGAACGUAUUAGGACCCUCGAGCUCCAGGCUGCCGACCGCGACGGAAACAAGGAGGUUGCUCUAGGCACCUCCAAGAUCAACUACAUUGAUCCCCGCCUCACUGUUGUCUUUGCUAAGAAGUUUGACGUUCCUAUUGAGAAGUUCUUCUCUAAGACUCUACGUGAGAAGUUCAACUGGGCUAUUAAGUCUAUCGAGGACGACGAUCACUGGGAAUUUUAA